AUGGAAAAACUUCUACAUUGGUCAAUUGCUAACGCACAAGGUGACAAGGAGGCGAUCGAAAAGGCCGGGAAACCUGACCCAAAACUGUUAGAACAAUUAUUUGGUGGUGGUGGCCAGGAUGACCCUACUCUGAUGAUGGAAAAUAUGAAACUAGUGACUAAUCCUGAGGUAGAUUUGGAGAAUAAGUUGAUUGCAAUGGAUAAUUUUGAAAUGUUAAUUGAAAACUUGGAUAAUGCAAACAAUAUUGAAAACUUGAAGCUUUGGGAAAGUAUCAUCAAAGUAUUAUCGUAUGAAGAAGCAGAAUUACGUUCUAUAGCACUAUCUAUUGUUGGUACAGCUGUACAGAAUAAUAGUCAAUCCCAAGAUAACUUUUUAGGCCAUGAAGGUGGUCUCGCUAAAAUUAUUACACUGGCUCAGAACACUGAAGAACCAUUGGACGUAAGAACUAAAGCCUUCUAUGCCCUGUCUAAUCUUGUAAGGAACCAUCCACAUAUGACAAAGGCAUUCAUUGAUUUGAAUGGUCUAGAUAUAAUAGCGCCCGUAUUAAAAGAUGAAACUUCCAAACCAAAGUUAAAGAUGAGGAGUGUCGCUCUAUUAACUGCAGUUUUGACAUCCACAAAUAUAGAUGCCACCAUAGUAAACGUAUUAAGAAAGGAUGGUAUAAUAGAAUCAGCUAUUGAUAAUAUAGCCAAAGAUAAUGAUUUAAAUAUUAUUGAUAGAGUCUUGGAUUUUUUAUCGCAAAUGAUAAGCGCCAGGGUAACAUUUACUCCAGAAGAACUAGGAAAGUUAGGCAACGCUUACAGCGAUAUCGAAUCUUUAAAAGAUAGAUUGAAUGAGGAUAACUAUCAAACAGUUAAGUAUGUAUUAAAAUAA